ACAGAGAGAGCUCAGCUCCUGGUCACAUUGCCAAUAUCAUCACUUUCAUAUCUUUCAAACUUGCUUAUAAUACUGGAAGAAAUGGCCUUUUCCUUCAUUCAUCACUUUGCUGGACUGGAGUGACGUCUUAGCUAUACUUGAAGACAUUACACUUGAAUUUGUACCAUGGCACCUUCCAUGCAACAAUGUGACAGCAAUGUCACACAAAUUAGCAGAUCCGAUUUUCCCGAGGGUUUUCUAUUCGGGGUUGCUACAUCCGCAUACCAAGUUGAAGGUGCUGCAAAACAAGGAGGAAGAGGCCCUAGUAUUUGGGAUGUAUUUUCACAUACACCAGGAAAAAUUUUUGAUGGAAAAAAUGGAGAUACUGCAGUGGAUCAGUAUCAUCGAUACAAGGAGGAUGUGGAUUUGAUAGCUAGAUUGGGUUUCGAUGUAUAUCGUUUCUCAAUAUCCUGGUCUAGAAUCUUUCCAGAUGGAUUUGGAGCCGAAGUGAACCAAGAAGGGAUAGCAUAUUACAAUAAUCUUAUUGAUGCUCUCAUAGAAAGAGGUAUCCAACCUUCUGUAACACUUUACCAUUGGGAUCUUCCUCAAAAGCUUCAUGAAUCAAUAGGUGGAUGGCUUAAUCCAGAAAUUGUAAACUACUUUAAAAACUAUGCAGAGACUUGCUUUAGUGCGUUUGGAGAUCGAGUAAAGCAUUGGAUCACAUUCAAUGAGCCUUUGCAGACAGCAGUUAAUGGUUAUUCUACUGGUGUAUUUGCUCCUGGGAGAUGUUCUGAUCGAUCAAUGAGCCCCACUGGUGAUUCAUCCACAGAACCAUAUCUGGCUGCACAUCAUCAAAUUUUGGCGCAUGCAGUUUCAGUGGAUGUUUAUAGAAAGAAAUUCCAGGGUAAGCAAGGUGGUGUUAUAGGUAUCACAGUAGAUGGUGAGGGAGCUGAGCCUUUUACAGACACAGAAGAGGAUAAAGAAGCAGCACAAAGGCGCCUUGAAUUUCAGUUGGGCUGGUUUCUGGAUCCUCUCUUUUUUGGUGAAUAUCCAGCAACCAUGCGCAAGAAACUUGGGGACCGUCUUCCUCAAUUUACAGCUAGUGAGGUUGCUUUGUUGUGUGGAUCAGUGGAUUUUGUUGGACUCAAUCACUAUACAACACGCUAUGUGAUGCCACAAAUGGAGAAGUCUGAAGAAAUUGGUUUUUAUGAUGAUCAAGAUGUACAUAGAAUAGCUGAAUGGGAAGGACGGGCCAUUGGAGAAAAAGCUGCAUCUGAGUGGCUUUAUAUUGUCCCAUGGGGUUUGCAAAAAGUUCUAAUGUGGUUGACAGAGAGAUACAAGAGACCUAAAAUUUAUGUUACAGAGAAUGGAAUGGAUGAUGAGGAUUCUCAAAUCACAUCACUAGAAGAAGCACUCUGUGAUACAAAAAGAGUAAACUACUUCAAAGCCUACUUGACUUCAGUUGCUGAGGCUAUAAGGGAAGGUGCAGAUGUUCGUGGUUACUAUGCUUGGUCACUUGUGGAUAAUUUUGAGUGGGCUCAAGGCUAUACAAAGCGCUUUGGUUUGGUUUUUGUAGACUAUCAAAAUGACCUUAAGCGACAUCCAAAAUCGUCUGCUCUUUGGUUUGCUGACUUUCUUCAUAGAAAGUAAAACCUAGAUGAUGAUGCAAAGGGUCAGAACACUCAGUGGAAGAUGCUGUUCUCUUUCUUUCGUGUUACGGAGAUACAAGCCAUUUAGACUUGAAUCCAUAGUCACCAGAAUGUGGAGAUACUUAAAGACGCCAGAGACUAGUACCGGUGGGCUAAUUUUCAAAAAUAAGAGACGGGUUUUAUUUGGAGAUGCCUUUUUUAAUAUAAUUUAAUAAUUUCCAGAAAAUAUCAUGACAGAGAAAUUUUAAAACAAGAACAAUAAAUCAGUCAUACAACUGUUUAUGUCCCUCCCAAAAAGUCUAUGCUGUCAGUAGAUCUGAUCACUAUAACAUUUCAUGGAUUUUUGUAUCAUCCAAAUUAUCAGCAUGAAAGAUUAUGCAGGUUUAUUUUAUUCA